AUAUAUUUCUACAAUCGAAAAUAGGAAGGUUGAAGGGUUGGUUUGGAGAACGAGUAAAAGUAUUUAAUCUAGAAAGUUGUUAAGUUCGAGGGAUUGUUAGGAGUUAAAUAGGUCAGGAAAUUAAUAUUUUUUAGGUGUAAGAUUUACACAAACUUCUUAGCCAGCCACAUAGGGAUCAAAAAUAAUAUUUUAACCUUUAAAAUAAAACCAUAAAAUUUGAAGGAAUUUUAUACUUGUGUUAACUCAUACCGUCCGUUAUACUUACCCUUUGUUUUAUUUUUUUAUUAUUAUCUAGUACAUCGUAUGUAGUUAUCUACAUUACACGUUUACCUUUGUUUUAUAAUAAAAUUGUUUUGAAUUUUUUAUUGCGCCCCUUUUGAUUUUUUUAAAAACUAUUUUUUUUAGCUUAUUACUCCCAUGACACUCGUGCAUGAUUUAAAUGUGGUGUUCAAAAUAUGUUAGCAACAUGGUCAAUAAAACUUUGUUAAUUUGUUAAGUAAGUAUUAAACUAAUCAACAAAAAUCUAGCAUGCAUAAAAGAUGUCCUUUAAAUAAUUGUUAGGGUGUUAGGUAAGGAGAGUUUGGCCCAUUGAGUGAAGUAGUAUUAAUAUGUUAGAAUUAGUAAAUUUGUAUUUAGGAUGUAGAUAUGUAAGAUAAAUUUUUUCAAUAAUUGUAAAAAGUAUAUCAAUAGAAGAUUAUAAAAUAACUCAAAGAAUGUGAAAAGUUUAAAUAUAGAAGAAAUUGAAGUUCAUCUAUAAAUAUGAAAAAGUAAAAAAAAAAAAAAAAAAAGAAGAAGAAGAAAAUGAGCAACUCAAAAAUUGUUUAUUAUUGAAGUUGAGUGUUUACACUAAAAAAAGUUGAUAAACUAAAUGAUCCCAAGUAUGCAGCAAAUCAAUAUACAAAAUUGAAAUGAUAAAAUAGAAUUAUUUUCAAAUAUAACAAGAAGCACUUAAAUUUUAACAGUAUAAUUCCACAAUAUCUAUGCCUCCUAUCUACAUUUUGAAGUGUCAUUAAUUGACUUAUUUUGUGUCCUCACUCUUCUAAAAUGUUUAUGGCAAAUAAUGAAUUGAAAUUUUGUUGGAUUUUUUUUAUUUACCAGAAAUAAUUGAAAGUUGUAAUAAAAUUGUAAAUUUUAAAGUUGGAGACUUGGGGAGAUUUACCCAUGAAUCCUUUUCAACCAUCAAUGUCUCACAUGAAUCAAACCAGCCAAAUUCCCCGUCAAAAAAAAAAAAAAAAAAAUUGACAGGCCCUUGCCUUCUCUCUCUCUCUCUCUCCCUUUAAAUUCCCAUUUUAAUGGACUUCAAAGAGUGGGUGUGGACGAGCUUCAGCCACAUAUUUGCUGCUUCUUCAUCAGGGUUUUGCUCUGAACCUCUGGUUUUAAAGAAAACCCAUCAUUUCUUUCAAUGGAUUUAUGUUCAGGGAAUGUAGAGGAAUAACUGGAAGGUUUCCAACUAGAGGAUGAUCAUUUAGUGUUGUGCUUUAGAAUUUUUAGCCAUGGCUUUUACCUCUAAUUGGUUGAGUUCACCUUCUUGCUCCAUGAUUCAAUCCUCGGCGGACCAUGCUCUUGGAGCUAUAUUCCAAUGGUCACGGUUCAUUUUCCUUUCACCUUGCCCUCAAAGAGUUUUGCUAUCAUCUAUUGAUAUCCUGUUCUUGGUUGCACUCUUAGCUUUUGCAUUGCAAAAGUUGUUUUCUCGAUUCAGGUCAGGUGAUCGGAUGAACUCUGACAUAAGCAAACCUCUCAUAGGUAGCAAUAAACCUCUUAUAACGACCACCAUCUUGUUCAAACUCUCUCUAAUUGUUUCUGGCAUGUUAACCAUCUGCUACCUUGUCAUAAGUAUCUUGACAUUGUCAUCAAGUGUUCAAUCUUCAUGGAGGAUUGUGAAUGGGGCAUUCUGGUUGGUUCAAGCAUUGACUUAUGCAGUUAUUGCAAUCUUGAUAAUUCAUGAAAAAAGAUUUGAAGCUGCUAAGCAUCCACUUACACUUCGAGUUUACUGGGUUAUAAAUUUCAUAAUAAUUUCAUUGUUUAUGGCAUCAGCAAUAAUGCGAUUGGCCUCUACCGGAGCAACUGAUGAACUCAAUUUGACUUUGGAUGACAUAAUUUCCAUAGCCUCAUUUCCAUUAUCAGUAGUUCUUCUUUUUGUUGCCAUAAAAGGAUCAACAGGGGUUAUGGUGGCUAUAGCAGCCAAGGAAGAAUUUGAUGGACAAAGUGACUUAAUUGAAUUGGUUUCAAGUAAAUCAAAUGUGUCUUUAUUUGCUUCAGCAUCCUUUGUAUCGAAGGCCUUUUGGCUGUGGAUGAAUCCCUUGUUAGAUAAAGGUUACAAAGCCCCUCUCCAAUUAGAAGAAGUUCCAACUCUUGCACCUCAACAUAGAGCUGAGGAAAUGUCAGCCCUCUUUGAAUCAAAGUGGCCUAAACCUCAUGAGAAGUCCACUCACCCAGUUCGAACGGCAUUGGUCCGCUGCUUUUGGAAGGAAAUUGCCUUUACUGCCUUCCUUGCUAUCGUGCGUACUUGUGUCAUGUAUGUGGGUCCUGUCCUUAUUCAACGUUUUGUAGAUUUCACUGCUGGAAAAAGAAGCUCCCCGAAUGAAGGAUACUAUCUUGUACUGAUUCUUCUUGCUGCCAAAUUUUUUGAAGUUCUCACUACUCAUCACUUCAAUUUUAACUCUCAAAAGAUUGGCACGCUGAUUCGUUGUACACUUAUUACUUCUUUGUACAAGAAGGGCUUGAGGCUAUCAUCAUCAUCUAGACAGGAUCAUGGGGUUGGACAAAUUGUGAAUUACAUGGCUGUUGAUACCCAGCAGCUUUCUGAUAUGAUGCUACAACUGCAUGCUGUAUGGUUAAUGCCAUUACAAGUUGGUGUUGGUUUGACACUUCUCAGUGCUUAUCUAGGCCCUGCUACGCUUGUUACACUGAUUGCACUUAUUGGUGUUCUUAUCUUUGUUGUGCUUGGCUCUAGGCGGAACAAUAAGUUCCAAUUCAAUGUAAUGAAGAAUCGUGAUUUACGAAUGAAAGCAACAAAUGAGAUGCUGAAUUACAUGCGGGUGAUCAAGUUUCAAUCAUGGGAGGAGCACUUCAAUGAUAGAAUUAAAGCUUUUCGAGAAUUGGAAUUUGGAUGGCUAACCAAAUUCAUGUAUUCAAUGUUUGCUAACAUUAUAGUCAUGUGGAGUACGCCGAUAGUAGUAUCAACUCUCACCUUUGGGGCUGCACUGCUGUUAGGCAUCAAACUUGAUGCCGGGACAGUGUUUACAAUGACCACUAUCUUCAAAUUGUUGCAGGAGCCUAUCCGAACGUUCCCUCAAUCGAUGAUAUCACUUUCACAAGCAAUGGUAUCACUCGGGAGGUUGGAUCAAUUCAUGUUGAGCAAAGAGUUGGUUGAAGAUUCAGUUGAAAGGACUGAGGGAUGUCAUGGAAAUGUCGCUGUGGUAAUUGAGAAUGGUCAAUUUAGCUGGGAUGACAAUGCAAAUAUAGAAGUAGUUUUGAAAGAUAUAAAUUUGAACAUAAAAAAGGGAGAACUUACAGCUGUGGUUGGGACCGUGGGAUCAGGGAAAUCAUCUAUUCUGGCUUCGAUUCUUGGUGAGAUGCAUAAAUUGUCGGGAAAGGUUCAUGUUUGUGGAACAACUGCUUAUGUUGCUCAAACGUCAUGGAUUCAAAAUGGCACCAUCGAAGAGAAUAUCUUAUUUGGGUUGCCUAUGGAUAGAGAGAAAUACAGGAAAGUUGUCAGGAUUUGUUGUUUAGAAAAAGACUUGGAAAUGAUGGAGUAUGGAGAUCAGACUGAGAUUGGUGAGCGCGGCAUUAACCUCAGUGGCGGGCAGAAGCAGAGGAUACAACUUGCCCGAGCUGUAUAUCAGGACUGUGAUAUCUAUCUUCUUGAUGAUGUAUUUAGUGCCGUCGAUGCUCACACUGGGUCUGAAAUUUUUAAGGAAUGUGUAAGAGGAGCCCUCAAAGGCAAGACCGUGAUACUUGUUACUCAUCAAGUCGAUUUCUUGCACAAUGUUGAUAUGAUCUUUGUCAUGAAAGAUGGGACAAUUGUGCAAUCUGGAAAAUACAAUGAACUAGUUGAGAGUGGAAUGGAAUUUGGGGCGCUAGUUGCAGCACAUGAGACCUCCAUGGAAAUUGUGGAUAGCAGCAAUCCCAUGCUUGAAGUUUCUUCUCCUAAACCUCCUCGUUCGCCUUCCCACCAUAGGGAAGCCAAUGGCGAAAAUAAUCAUGUUGAUCAACCACAGGCUGAAAAGGGUUCAUCAAAACUCAUCAAAGAUGAGGAGAGGGAAACUGGUAGUGUUAGCUUGGAGGUGUAUAAACUUUAUUGCACUGAGGCUUAUGGAUGGUGGGGAGUUGUAUGGGCCUUGUUGCUCUCCCUAGUGUGGCAAGGUUCUUUGAUGGCUGGUGAUUACUGGUUGGCAUAUGAAACUUCAGCAGACCGUGCUGCGACCUUCAAUCCUACAUUGUUCCUUUCUGUGUACGCCGGAAUUGCUCUCGUUUCAGUUUUGUUGGUGUUGACAAGAUCGUUUUCUUUUGCACUUAUAGGGCUUAAGACAGCCCGAAUUUUCUUUUCACAAAUUCUUACUAGUAUCUUGCAUGCCCCCAUGUCGUUUUUCGACACCACACCAUCUGGAAGAAUACUAAGUCGAGCUUCAAAUGAUCAGACAAACAUUGAUUUGUUUAUUCCCUUCUUCUUUACUAUUGCUACUGCAAUGUACAUUACAGUACUCAGUAUCUUCAUCAUCACAUGUCAGUAUGCUUGGCCUACAGUUUUCCUUGUGAUUCCACUUCUGUAUCUCAACGUUUGGUACCGGGGAUACUACCUUGCUACGUCUCGUGAAUUGACACGCCUUGACUCAAUAACUAAAGCACCUGUGAUUCAUCACUUCUCAGAAAGCAUACAAGGAGUUAUGACCAUUCGCUCUUUUAGGAAGCAAGAUCAGUUUGGCAAAGAAAACAUUAAACGAGUAAACAAUAAUUUGCGUAUGGAUUUCCACAAUUAUGGAUCCAAUGUAUGGUUGGGAUUCCGUUUGGAAUUGCUUGGAAGUAUAGUGUUCUGUAGUUCAGCAAUGUUCUUGAUCUUACUACCUAGCUCCAUUAUCAAGCCGGAAAAUGUUGGUUUGACAUUGUCAUAUGGAUUGUCUUUGAAUGCUGUCACGUUCUGGGCCAUAUAUAUGAGCUGCUUCAUCGAGAACAAAAUGGUUUCGGUUGAGAGGGUGAAACAAUUUUCUGUGAUACCACCAGAAGCUGCAUGGAGAAUUAAAGACACUCUUCCUUCCUCGAAUUGGCCACACCGUGGGAAUGUUGAUCUCAAAGAUUUGCAGGUUCGAUAUCGGCCAAACACUCCUCUGGUCCUUAAGGGUCUUACAUUAAGUAUCUAUGGAGGAGAAAAGAUUGGUGUUGUUGGUCGAACGGGGAGUGGCAAAUCAACUCUAGUCCAAGUGUUGUUCAGACUGGUUGAACCUGCAGCUGGAAAAAUAAUUAUUGAUGGCAUUGACAUAGCCACACUGGGGCUUCAUGAUCUAAGAUCACGGCUCGGGAUCAUUCCUCAGGAACCGGUUCUUUUCGAGGGGACGGUGAGAAGCAAUAUCGACCCAACUGGCCAGUAUACUGAUGAUGAGAUAUGGAAGAGCUUGGAUCGGUGCCAGCUAAAAGAGAUCGUGGCUUCAAAGCCCGAGAAACUCGAUUCUCCAGUUGUUGAUAAUGGAGAAAACUGGAGUGUGGGACAGAGGCAGCUUCUCUGCCUAGGAAGGGUCAUGCUAAAGCGAAGUAAGCUUUUGUUCAUGGAUGAAGCAACUGCAUCAGUUGACUCGAAAACAGAUGCUUUGAUUCAAAAUAUCAUCCGGGAGGAUUUUGGAUUGUGCACGAUCAUAAGCAUUGCUCACAGAAUUCCCACAGUCAUGGAUUGUGAUCGAGUUUUGGUGAUCGAUGCAGGGAAAGCAAGAGAAUUUGACAGGCCCUCUCAGUUGCUUCAGAGGCCAACACUUUUUGGGGCAUUGGUUCAGGAGUAUGCCAACCGCUCCUUAGACCUUUAAGUGCACUGUUUUGCAAUUUGUUUGGCUUCUUGAUGUCGUGUCUCGAGCAGCAAUGCAAUGCCGUAGGCAACCUUGAGCUCGGGUUAACUUUUUUGAUGAGUAGAAAAAUGUGGUAGAAAACAAGCCUUAGCAUCCCAAUAUGGUAAUGAUAUAGCAAUCCUUCACAUUAUUUGCAUUGGCAAUUGUUAGGAUUCUCAAUCUAUAUCAGUAGUCUCUUGGGAGCAUAUUUCUUAGUUUUUUAGAGCAAAUUUAGUAGGUUUUGUAAGCUUAUUGCUUCUUAUUGGUUCCCAAUCAAUUAGUGGGAAAAGAGACUUGAAAGAAAAGGAAAAGAACACAAAAAAAGAAAAUUAUUUGCAUUGAUCUGGUGGAGAACUCUCUCACAAAUAUUAUCUUCACUAUGGCUUGUUGAUGGUACA